AUGACUGAUUUUCAGUUUAAAAAUGAGACAUCACCACCAGUGAGAUCAAAUGCAAGGUCGUCUAGGGCUUGUGUUCGUGAGGAAGCUACAGCAUCAAAUUCUAGAAAUUUCUUCGGAUCUUCUAUUCAAGUUCAGAAUAGUAGCACAAUGCCUUCCCGCAUAACGAAUCCGUUUGAUAGUGAUAUCACGAGAAGUAUGCAGACAAUUACGUUAAGUCCGAGCUUGUUUGAUCAUCCUAAAAAUAGUGAUGAUGACGAUGGUGAUAAUGCAGAAGCAUCCUUUCGUUGGUCAAUUGGACAAAUAGCAGAAUUACGUCCUGCGAAUAUUGACGAGACACAGCUGUUAUAUCAAACGCCAGAUCCAGUGCAAGAAGCUCAAAUUCACAGUGCUAUCGACAAAUUUUGGGCCACUCAAAAAUAUAUUGUACCAUCGCCUCAAGUACUUAAAGAAUCAGGAAUCAGAAAAUCUGUGGCCAGUCCAAGUUCGUUAUCAUCGCUACCACGUCUGGUACAUGAAGUUAUUCCAUCUUUUCACCUUGAUGACUCUCCCGAUGGAAGAAAAUUCUAUCACCAACGUUCUCAGUCAAAACGGUCUGUUGAAAUACAAACAAUGUUUACUUUUCCUCCAAAUCUGGAUUUAGUCGGACUUCUAGGUAACUGUUUCCAGUACGAAGAGGGUGCAGUGGCCGUAUUUGAAGCAAAUUUAUCGUUAAACACUUUGCGCCAAAAACUUUUCACCGAUACAGUGUCCUCGAGAACUGAAAGUAGCUCCUCAGAUAAAUUUGAGUCCCAUGUGUCGUCUAUUUUGUUUGAAGGCGAACCACCAGCAUGGUACCAUUCUGAUGAUGAAAUUGUACCACUGAGAAAGCUAUCAAUUGAUGAUGCUACAGAUUUUGACGAAAAAGAAAUUAGUAAUCGUUUGUCUUCACCAGAUCUUUCACCAAUUAAAAAAUAA